UCAUUUUUGAGCAUACCCUUCACAUAAUCACUUAUAAUCUCCUCCUCAAUUCAACACUUCCUCAACAAUUUCAUUUCAAUUUCAAAAAAAAAAAACUAUAUUUUUUACCAACAAAUUUCAAAAAUGGAAGUGAUUAAGUAUGAACAAAUUGGUGUCAUUGGGGAACUAAGGCAAGGUGAGGAGCUAGCAAAGCAACUUUAUGGUCAAAUUUUCUCUUCAUCUUCUUCAUCAACAUCAUCACCAUCAUCAUCAAGUUCAUCAUCACAUGAAGCAAAUGAAGUUUUACUUGAUAAAAUACUUUUGUCAAUUGAGAAAGCAAUCACCAUGGUGAAAGAUAAUGUGGGAAAUUUUAAGACAAAAAAUGUCAACAUAAUUGAUUCUCAUUGUUCAAAUGGAAGUCCUAAAAGUGAGGUUCAAGAUUCAGAUUUCAAGCAAAAACAUGUCUCCAAGAAAAGAAAAACUAUUCCUAAGUGGACAGAACAAGUGAAGGUGUAUUUAGAAUCAGCUUCUGAGGGGUCUAUGGAGGAUGGUUAUAGCUGGAGAAAGUAUGGACAAAAGGAUAUUCUUGGAGCUAAGUUUCCAAGAGGAUAUUACAGAUGCACUCAUAGAAAUGCACAAGGUUGUUUAGCUACAAAGCAAGUGCAAAAAUCAGAAGCAGAUCCAAUGGUAUAUGAGAUAACCUACAAAGGAAGACACACAUGUAUCCAAUCUAGUCAUUUGAACAAACCACAUUCAUCAAAAAAGAUGAAAUUUGAACAAAACAAUUCACAAUUACCCAAUCAAAAAAUUCAACCACAAGAGGAAAAAAUCCAACCAACAACCCAAGAGAUAAUUUCCACUUUUGACAACAAAGAGGAUGUGUUUCCAUCAUUCAAUUUUUCUUCUCCUACAAUAGGAUAUGAAAAUGAAGAUAACAAGAUAUUUUUAGAGACAUUGAUUGAAAACAAUUUCAUGGAAAAUGAAGACAACAACAAUAUAUUCUCCGAGUCAAAUGUUUUCACUUUGUCACUAUUGGACUUGGAUAAUAUUGGGCUAGGCCCAAGUGAAUCUGACAUGAGUGAUAUGAUUUCAGGCCCGAAUUCGAUUGUGGAUUCGUCGAUAGAUUUAGAUAUCUUUGAUGAUAUGAACUUCGACAUGGAUUUUUCGAGCAACAUUCAAGAAUUUUACUAUUGAUCGAUUGUCACAUUUUGAUAUUUGUUUUAUGUAAGUUUUGUAGAUUAAGAUUAGUAUAAUUGAAGAGAGUGAAGAGAGUUUAGUGUUCAUGUUUUGUGUCUAGAUAUAAGAAUAAUGAAACUUCAUUUUCUUGUUAGUCAAGAUAGAUUUUUGAGUACUUAGGAUGUAAGGUAAAAAUCUUGUCUUCUUUUUGUCCAAGCAAAGGAAGAAUAUGUGAAAUAAAUAGUUUUUGGUUUUGUCUCAUAUUUACUAUAAAGUUUGUUAUCAAUGCA